CAUAUUUCCUAUAAGUAUCUAAAAACAAGACUUUAACUUCUGCAGAACCCAAGUUGUUAUAUUUGAAAUCAGACAAUGAGGCCUAAAGCAAAUCAAAGCCACAAACUCAAGCUUCUCCUUGUUUGUCUUCUUGCCACCUUAAUUCUCAUUUUAAUCUUGAGAUCAACUCUGACAUCUUCACGGUCACGCCAAACUCCAGAAGAUAGGAGAUCAGAGCGUUGUUCUGGUGCCUGCAAUAAGAUACCACGUUCCCUUGCACAAGCCCUGAUCCAUUACUCGACUUCAGUUAUCACACCACAACAAACGCUCAAAGAAAUAGCAGUUAGCAGUAGCGUACUCAGCAAGAAGUCACCCUGCAAUUUCUUGGUGUUUGGUCUAGGCCAUGACAGCCUCAUGUGGAGCUCUCUCAACUAUGGAGGCCGGACGGUAUUUCUUGAAGAAGAUGAAGCAUGGAUAAAACAGAUCAAGAGACGGUUUCCAAUGCUGGAAUCGUACCAUGUAACAUACGACAGUAAAGUCAAUCAAGCCGAUAAUCUCAUAGAAGUUGGGAAAGGACCUGAAUGCACAGCCAUUGGAGACCCACGGUACUCAAUGUGUCAACUAGCACUCAAGGGUUUGCCUGCAGAUAUCUAUGAGACUAGUUGGGAUCUAAUCAUGGUUGACGCACCGACUGGCUACUACGAUGAGGCUCCUGGGAGAAUGACAGCAAUUUACACAGCGGGAAUGAUGGCGAGGAACAGGAAACAGGGAGGAGAGACCGAUGUGUUUGUGCAUGAUGUGAACAGGGAAAUAGAAGACAAGUUCUCUAAGGCUUUCUUGUGCGAAGGGUACAUGAAGAAACAGGAAGGGAGACUAAGGCAUUUUGUUAUCCCUAGCUACAGAGUUGGAUUGCAGUCAGAAUCAAAUAGACUCUUUUGUCCACAAUGAAUACAUGUUACCUUAGAUCUCCUCUGUUUCUCCCAAUCUGUAACUCUUUAUCGUCCUUGUUGUUCUACUUGUUCACUAUCAGUAUUAAAGAGCCUAGACAAUUAAGCUA